CGACAGUGUCCCGUCACGACGGCGACGAGAAGCGACACCGCGACGAGGAGGACGCGACUGGAGGAGGAUUUCCGUCCUGUACGUGGCCGAUCGAAGCUGCAUUUUCAGACGACGGCCUUCGACCACUCUUUCCGCAUAUUCGUCGGCGGCCCUGCGACGCUGCCGAUCGCCCAGUUAUCUCGAGCGAUCCCCACCGCCGACGACGACGACGAAGACAGCAAGAAAAAUCGCCGACUUCUCUGCGCGUCCGCCCGAGAUGGAACUGCCGGUCCUGACAUGGCGAUAACGAGGGUAGAUUCGCGGGGGUUGGUUCCAGGCGCAGGCGCUGCCACCUUCCGACCACCCUCCAACCCCGAGGAGCCGAGCGCGUCUCCUACGAUGGGCUAGUCGGUCUAUAGGGUG